UCGAUUGUCAACCUGUAUUCGUCAAGCGGGGUGAGUGGGGGUCGGAGAUUCGUGGACCGUCGUGGUAGUAGCUAUGGGAGCUUGUACGUGUACACUGGACCAGCUACAGACCCAUCUGCCGAAUUCAGACUAUCUAGAGUAAGCACAGUUCGCGGAGGUGAUGAAGGGGCCAAAAGCCUACAAGAGGGCAAGACAUGCCAAAGCGGUUGGCGUCAUCAACACGACACAGAGACAAAGGCGCAUCACCGGCGCUCAGGACGCAGGACGAUACGCUGAAUCACAUUAGCCCACUGCAUCAUAGUAACAAGACAGACCAACUCACUGUGCCAGGCGGCCAUGUCUUCAUACGCCUCCCUCAUCCGCUCCAUCGCCGCCUCGACAAAAGCCUGCUCCUCGACGAGCCAUCUAAACUGGAUGACUGGAGCCAGCAACACCACCUCGAACCCCGCCAGCACUAUCACGUCCUCGAACUCGUCGAUGUAGCGCACAAGCGCAUUCAUCAUGUCGUAUAUCUCUAUGAGCCAUUGCUCAAGACCGCGGAACAGGUAGUAGCAGAUGCGCGCGCGCACCGAGUCGCCGGGGAGCGGGAAGUCGUUGAUGUCGGCCUCUUCGUCUUCGUAAGACGACAUGGUGAGGGUAUGGAGAAUAAGGUCGCAGUGUGGAUGUAUGUUCUUGAGAUCUAAAGAAAGUGGGGCUGAUCGUUGAGUUGCUGGGUUUUGAGAAGCCGAUUUCACUUUCUACAACACAUUGCCAGCCGGUCAUUGCCAAGCCUUCACACAUUGCUAUCAAGCAGAUUUGGGGUCUAAAUGAUGGGCACUGAAGAGGCAUCAUUUGGGCGCGAAGAUGAGAGAAGUUUUCGGAUUCCUGCGUCUUUUCAACAUAGUCUUGAGAUGUUCCUCUUCAUUCACUCUCAUUUCUCAGCACUGUUUCUCCACUUUGACAACCUCAUCCGGUUCUCGAGAGCGGAAUCG